CAUAUCCGAACGCACACCCGGUCAGGGAGAAACAAGACAGACUGGUGCAGACAAGCAAGCUGCGUUCAUAUCUUCAGAACCAACAGGAAGUCGGAAGGGCAAAGAGAUCAUGUCUGAAGAAUGGGGUUUCGACCAAGGGUACGCUAUUGCGACAGGGUCGUAUCCCUCGGGAAAGUCUCUUUCGCUGGGCCCAGCAGUUGACCAUUCAAAGCGUUGGGUUGAAGAUCUCCAUGACACCGACGCUGAGGCCGACACUGACGCCGAGACCGACACCGCGUCUUCCACAAUCAAUGUUGUGUCAAUCUCAUCCAGCAGAUAUCAAGAGGUUGUUCGAGAGACCCCGAUGGACAGCCCUUUACCACUUCCGCCGACAACGCCGGCCAAGCGUCGUACAAGUGACAACGCCACAGCCGGCCGUCGAUCGAAGAAAACAAAAGUGAGCCCUCCGGGGAAACGGAAAUCACCCAAGUCGGGACGGAAGCGGGCAGAAAAGCCGGUAUCAGAGACUGAAAGCGGGCAGAACGAAUCAGGUGAUCUAGUGGUACGCAAGGCCUCAGCCGCUCAUGGUAUCACGAAAAUGGUGCUGGAGCUCGAGAAACGUGCGAUCAAAGCCGAGCAAGCCAUGAUGGCCGCCGAGCAACGUGCUUGGACCGCGGAAGAAAUGUCAGCCAAAGCAGAGCAUGGCAUGAAGAAAAGGGGGACGAGGCAGACCAUGGUAAGAAGAAGAAAGCGGUGAUC